GGGGGAGCAAAUCAAGGCGAUUGACGCGCGAGAUCAUGUAUAACGGGAGCCCGGUUUGCGAAAACAUCGGACAUUGCGGGAAAAAAUCGGCUGGAAACGUCUUGACGCGAUGGACGCACCUGGAGGCCAAGCUAAGCUAAGGCUAAAGUCGAGCUAAUUCACAAUCAAAUAAAUAUGCAAAUAAAACACGGGCUAUGCAUUUAAAUGUAGCUGUCUUCAUUAAGUUUUAUGUGUCACACUCUCAGCUGUAAUCAGCGGACAGAGAUCCAAGAUGCCCAUUCCUCCUCCUCCACCUCCAGGUGGACCCCCUCCUCCGCCCACCCUUAGCCAGACGAACACAACCCCUCCCAAGCUGAGCCGAGAUGAAGCAAAGGGCAGAGGGGCAUUGCUCUCUGAUAUCUGCAAAGUGCCCAAGUUGAAGAAAGUUGGUAUUGUGAAUGACAGGAGUGCACCUAUGAUUGAGAAGCCGAAAGGAAGUGGCGGCGGUGUGUCCAGUGGUGGAGGGUCUUCUGCACCGGGCCAGCCAGUGGGAGGGCUGUUUCAGGGUGGCGUCCCAAAAUUGCGAUCUGUAGGAGAUGGUUCUGCAGGCAGGUCUGCAUUGCACCAUCCUGGCACUCGUUCUGCUGCCCCUCGCCCACCCAGCCAUCAUGAUGACCCCGACAGUCCCUCUCAGCAGGCCUCCCCCCCGGAGUCUGGCCGUUCCCAAAGACCAUCCCUCCCUGAUCUCUCCCGUUCCCCCAGUGGAGGCAGCAGCCCCUCUACAGGCAUGAAGCACAGCUCUUCAGCCCCACCUCCGCCUCCCCCAAUAUCCCGGCGUGGAAACGCUCCUCCUGCCCCGCCGCAGAAAGCCACAGCGCCCACGUACAAUCGUGAAAAGCCACUUCCGCCGACUCCAGGGCAGCGAGGAUCCUCUCCAGCGCCGGUGCGUGAAAACGCACCACCUCCACCAGUGAAACCUCCUCCGUCUCCUGCGAGCAGCCGCUUGUCUUCAUCUUCUUCUUCACUGGCCCCGCCUCCGCCCCCUUACCGUCAGCAGUCUGGGGUUUCCAAUGGCCCCUCCAGUCCUGUGAACGAGGCGGCCCCCGAACUGCCCCAGAGACACAACUCACUCAGCAAGAAGCCUUCAGCAGGUGGACACACACCGACACGCGGACAUGCGCCGCCUCCACCACCAUCACCCACCCCACAUGCUGCCAGGCCCCCGCCUCCAGUACGAGAGCCCCCGGGACGAGGAGCAGCUCCUCCAGUUCCUGGGCAGCCGUCACGAAAUGGCCGGGAUGCUCCACCACCGCCUCCACCUCCUUACCGGACUCACGGCACUGCCUCGGAUGUCCCGAGCCGAGGCAAGCCCCCUCCUCCCCCCUCCCGCACACCAGCCGGACCCCCGCCCCCUCCCCCACCCAUCCGCAAUGGACACACUUCCAUUUCCCGUUCCUUUGUAGAUGAUUUUGAGUCCAAGUAUUCUUUUCAUCCUCUGGAUGACUUCCCUCCUCCAGAAGAGUACAGACACUUCACUAAGAUAUACCCAAGCAAAGCUAACAGAGUAAUGAGAGGAGCCCCUCCUUUGCCACCUGUUGGGAGGUAAACACUGUGACCAGUCGCUUGGGCUGCAUCGGCGAUGAGGGCUCCUCAUACAGACCCAUACGCUCAUAAACAGACAAUCUCACAUGCACAUCUAAAGACACAAAGCCUGCACCUUAUUAACAGCCAUUCCCCCAUCGGAUAACGUUCCUCUACAUUCAAGCAAGCUCCAUUGUAUCACUUUUGUCCGGUCUGGAUGGUCAUCGUCGCUCAGAAAAGAGUGAAAUGAGGGAAAGUAUUGCAUCUCACCAUCAAUAAUGGCCAACUUUUUUUUUAUUAUUCCCUUUUGACAUUUUAAGUACCUUGGUAGCAUUGCACAUUUGGUUGGAUGUGCACUGAGAGCUAGAAGUGGCCGUCAGAGCCUGUAUGUAGGUAAAGCAUAGCACUUGAGAUGGGAAGCAGAAAGCAUGUCCCUGGAAAAUGUCUUAACUACUACGGCAACAUGUUAAAUGUUUUUUGUUCCUUAUUCCUCUCAGUCGCCACCCCAUGUUAUGCACUGUGAAUAACGCGUCACUCGGAGCAGAACGUGUCUGAGUGUGAGCUGAACUGUACAAACUGUUACUGCUUUAGAUGUUUUUGUCUUUUGUCCUGGUCAUGCCCUGUUUAAGGGAACAGCCAUUACCUUUAAGUUCUCAGGGGGUUUGUUGGGACUUCAUUACCCUCCGGUAAGGUUGUGAACGAAAAGUCCGAAAGUGCCAACAGAUGCUCUGCCAUUAAUAAAUCAGCAUGGCUCCUUCAGUCGUAACACAUCCUCCUUUGGGAAUGUAUGUAUAUAUAUGUACAACUUCCAUUUUCCCGCUACAGGACGUUAUGUCUGAAAGCAGGUUUUGUCCACAUGCUGUCUAUGGACUGGUUUUGUAGGGCAGCGUUUCAGCCAUUUAUGAAAUACAUCUAGGAUUUUUAUCACUGCAAAAAUCAAGUUCAAUGCAUGCUGCUUUUUGGGACAGACCUCCAAUAUAAACUUUGGGUAAAUUUGCAUGCAAAGCCGUGAAAUUGCUUCAAUUUCUUCUAACAACGCACCUGCUAUUCAGAUGACAGGACCGUGACCAAGGGUUUUGGAACUGUUGUCGUAUACUUUAUAGUAUUGCUGCAGAAAUGUGGCAGAUAGUCAUUUCACUACCAGUCACGUUCAACUAACUGACGUUUGCAUUCAGCCUAGCCGUACAUGCAGAUUCGGAACGCAUUCAAGGCUGACAUCCCAGUUUAUCCACACCUUGUUCAGUGUCAUAUUGUUAGAUCUUCCGUUUGUAUGUUCAUGUUUAUUCUCCAGAGAACAGUCUGCAUUUCAGAUCUACAGAAAAGCUAACUUUUUCAUAAAUGGAGUGUAGUUUAGAUGGACAGUUGUGAAUUCUUUUUGCCCCUCUUUGUUCUUCUGCCUUACAUUUACUGAUUAACAUGUCGGUACGGGAUUUGUAAAAAAAAAAAAAAAAAAAAAAGAAACUGUGUAUUUACAAGUACAUAGAGAGAUAUGUUAGUGAUAGUGAUUAAUCUAUUUUUAAGUUGUAAAAAGCUUGUAAUAUAGUAAAUAAUUUCAGGCAAACAUAGGUUUCAAAAGAAGUCUCGGACUAAUUGUUAUGUGAUGGAAUGUCCUCCUACAUGAAUAUGGCUGAGGAUGUUUUCUUAGACUAAUACUUGUCUCUACUUGCCUACUGUCUGCCAGCAGGGGUCAGUGUACAUGUCUUUAGACGAGCAUAACUUACUCACAUUGAGAGAGAGGACUGUCAUUGUCACCAUUCCAUGCUUAACUAAAGCCUGUCCACACCUGCUGAAAUAAAGCUGAGGAAGAAACACGCUCAAA